AUGAAUAACCAGUUUCAACAACUCCUGAAGAGGGAACCAAUAAAGAUGAGGAAGGCUUCAGUAGAAGCGGUGGCGCUUCGAAACCUCAUUAGGCAAAUUAAUUUUACAAGAGCAAAGGCCUGCUCAAUCGUGGCUGUAAAUAUUGCGGCCUCCGCGCAGUUCGGGACAUCACAUUACCUGGAUACAUCGGCACUGUCCUCUGAAGUAGUGGAACGCCAAGCGGAUUGUGUCGUCGAUGUCAUUCCUUUUGUAUACAGCCUUUUCGCUAAAGCGCCCACCCCCGUAACGAUCGUUGGUCAUUCCAUGGGUGGUGUCAUUGGCCACUACGCCCUAGCUCAAGCAAAAUUUGAUCCGUUGAUAGUGAAUUCGGUGAUUACUUUGGCGUCACCACUCAGAUCUCCAGUCGUUUCAUUGAGUAUUCGUUUGUUGAGGAUGUAUGACCGUAUUCACGAAUUCUGGCGCACUGUACCUCUGGACUCUAAUUACGACCAUCUUACUUUUCUUUCAAUUACCGGAGGUAUUUCCGAUCAUCAAGUGUGGGAUGGUUUGGGAAAAACAGCCCUACCGGUGGACCGUGCACUUCACCUUUCCAGUCCUUCAGUCAAUCAAGUCUGGCUGUCCUGUGAUCAUCUUUCCAUCCUAUGGUGCAGGCAGCUUGUCUUUCGCAUUAACGAUGCAUUAUUCGCUAGUGUCAACACCACGACACGAAUGCCACUGACAAGUCGGGCCAAACGGAUGGAUGUGCUGCAAAAAAUCUUCCUCUCCCACCCAGUUCCUCUUAAACCUCCUCUGCCGGGUAAAUUUGGUCAGUCACCAGCUGUCAUCAAUCCACGCUGUGCCUGGUUCAAUCGGGCUGGUGAUCCAAAUGGAGUCUACACAGCUGCUAAGGGCACCUGCACCUACUUCAAAAUCGGGCCGUUGACAGGAGAGGCCGCCGAAAGAGUGCUCCUUCUUCCUACUAAUCUCAAUGUGAAAACCAUCUACCUAUGUGACAAGUCGGUCAAUUCUGUCCCAUGUCCUACUCUCUACGAGUUGCCGGAGGAGUCAGUGCAAUGGAUUAUGGUCCCAGGAAACGCUAAAAAUACCGGCAAAGCACGAAGUCUCUUCGUUGUUGGAUUCAACAAGGACAAUCUCACCCAAUGUCCCAUUGACGUUGCUGGCGCUUCUCUGGUCGUCCAUCUCACCCAUCAAACCAAGGGUUCACUCAUGUUUGACCUGAUUAACAACGUGGAUGCUCGACAAUUGGAGUGGACUGGAGUCGGCAGUAGAAGUGCUAUAUAUCUACCUCGAAAUCAUAGUCGUGCAACCUUCUUUCGAAUGCCACUCCCAUUCGAUAAUUUCCACUUUGGUCCUGCUCUACCACCUCCUUCCAUACAGGUCGAUGCUGGCUCAUGUCCCCCCGAAUCCAACCUUGUCGGUCUGCUCAUCUCUUCUCUACCCUGGGAUCACCAAGUCUAUCACCAUCGAUUCGACCCCAGGAUUUCGGCGGCAUUUGACCUACAGACUGUCAGCCCUCUUCCAGAGCACUACGAAAAUUUGACAACACCCUUCGUGGAUGUAAUAAUUGACCCGCGUUGUGACAAUACCAGGAUUUACUUCUCAUAUUCGUACUCUUACUGGGUAUUCCAGAUCGUCCGGGUGCACCUGUUCCACACCCCUUCGCUAAUCACGGGUCACGCCCUACUUUCCAUCUUCCUUCUCCUCGCCUCACAUACUGUGCAUUUUCAGGCCCCCUCCUGCAAGAGAAGCAGCAACUUUGCAUUCUCUAGCCCUCUGCUGUCCGCUGAUGCGACAGUUAGAGGGCGCUUGACGAACGAAUGGAAGACCACAAAACAUUUUCUCGUCGCCGUUGGCCUCCACUGUUUUGCAGCGCUCCUCCUCUGCCUCUUUCACUCUCUACGCCUCACCAUUGACGAUUCUUCACUGUGGACCCUCUUAGUUCCCACCUCCUCCUGGAUUGAACUGGAGCGUCGUGGCGAUCUGGGAAGGACAUGGGCGGGUCCCUCGCAUAGUCCUUUGGUCUCGUUGAUGCCUUUUUACCUUCUCAAUCUUCUUUAUGCUAUUCUUGUUCCUCUUAUCCUCCACUGUCUAGCUGACAGUCGCACACCUCUCGCCCUCACUUUUCGAGUCCUAAGUCGGCUUACUGGAUUGCCGAGGCUCAACCAAUACAGACCGUGUUGUGAGGCCAGGGCGCAUCCAUUCUCAUUCUACAUUGCGCUGGCUUGCAUUUUCACCAGUUUCUUUUUCCACGAUGGAGUUGCUUUUCUAGUUAUUGCGUUUGCGUUGCUCCUGAAGUGUGGGUUCAUGCUGACCAAGGCUACUGCCAACGAUGAGAUGGCUCUGAAAAUAACGCCAAUGGAUGAGCAGUCACAAGUUCUCAUGGCAGUACAACUGCGUUUCGCCCUUCUGUUCGUCUUCUGCAGUUUCCUCUGCAUCGAACAGUGGUUCACAUUUGCCUUCAAGGCAAAAAUUUUCUUUGCUGGCUAUGAAUUUGAUUGGCUACGUUUCUUCCAACCAACCGUCUUUCGGUUCUUCCUCCUUCUCACCACCGCGUUGCUCCUUUGCUCACCCCCAACUCCGCUAAUAUCGGUCAAAGGCCAUCGUUUUCGACGCUUGCCACUACUACUUCUGGCAUUGGCACUGCUCACUACACUGGCCGGUUGCCUAGCCUGCCUCGGUGGCUAUCUGCAUACCGCAGCCAGUCUACAAGCCUGUCUUCUAGUCACCAUGGCAACAAUGUUUCUUCUGGGUCUCUGGGUUGCAAUGGCUACGACACCCUUUGCUGUCGCUGCGGCGGUGUCAUUUGGACAGGGCCACGGUCGCCUCGUGAUUGCUCUGUUUCCAUCACGCGCUGUUUGA